CUCCUCCUCCUCCUCCUCCUCCCCGCUACAGGGAGGGUUGUAGUAGUACACUGGUGGAGGGACGUCAAGUAGUGUUUUUCUUCUCUCCCUGUCAGUGAAGGCGGAGGUUUAUUUGGGUGAAGUUGCAGUGCAGAUCAAAUGUCGUCCUGGGCGAAAUCGUCCGCAGCUGCCCGGCGGCAGACCGCUAACGCGAACCCAAACGGAAGCACGCAACAGCUGCGUCUGUUUCGGAGAGCAGCGCCUUACCCCACCAGAGAGGAGAGGACCGAAGAGCUCAAGGAUGCCCUGGAGAGUUACGAAGAACUAGGGAAAAUUCAAAACUACAGUGGAAGUGUGAAGUACGAGGGGUACAAGCAUCAGCCAAAUGCCAAGCCAGACGGCUGCACUCCAGCAGACAGACGUAAAGCCCUGUAUCAGAAGUUCUACAGACAGGUGCAGGAGGAGAGGAAGCCGGCCGACUGCGUAGUCCUUUCUGUCUCCAACCGGUGCCUGGAUUACCCCAAAUCGCUAAGCCAGUGCUUGCAGGAGCGUGGCCUGUCAGUGGAAAUGCUCUACCUACAGGCGGAAUCGGGCCUGACCCGAGCUCUGCAGGACGUCCGAGCAGACGGCUCCCCGUUAUGUAUUCUGGUGGAGCAGACAAACGUAGUUCUGUCCUCCUGCACUGUUAUCAUAUUCUCAGAAUCCCUCAAAAUCCAUCGCAACAUGCCCAAAGACCAGGCCAUGGACUUUGUUGCCGCCGAGUACAGUCGUGGGCGCGUCAAAGAGCGCCCACAGAAGGACCCCGCAGACAGUGCAGCCCAGGCAUCACAGCUGCUGGAUGACUUCCUGGAAAGGGAAAAGAUCGAGCGCCACUCUGUGCCGUCCGAAACCCGUCAGCUCCUCGUGCUGUUAGCUGACGGGGUGCAUCUCUACCCCGAGGAGCUGGAAACCAUCUCAGAGUAUGUCCGUUCCCGGCAGGAGCACACACAAGCAUCCAACACCGAGGGGCAAAGGGGGAACAUGUUACCUCCAGGACUUGGGAAACCACCUCCUCUUCUCCCCACGCCUCCGGGGCCCCCUCAACCCCAGUCUGCAGGCGGAGCAGGUGGGCCCUUGAUGGACCACCCCCUACCACCCGCUCCUCUCUUGCCUUCACCAGGCUCUUAUCCCAAAACCAAACCUCCUCCUCUACUGUCCUUGCAUCGGCCUCCUGGUCCAUCGUUAGGGGCCUCAGGUUCUCGAGGCCCCCAGUCCUCACACCCCUACGGUGGCCCCUCCAUGUCUCGAGGCCCUCUACUCCAUCACCCUCCUCUAUACCAUCCAGGCCCCAGAGGCCCUCUCAUAGGUAGAGGAGCCCCGCCUACUCUAAAGAGUUCCCGCCCUCCACUUCUUGCUUCUCCAGGUGCUCUUCUUCCACGACCGAGUGGCCCCCGACACUAAAAUAUAACAGUCACACACACACACACACACACACACACACACACACACACACACACACACACACACACACACACACAUACACACACACACAUGCCGGCUACAAGUGCCAGAAGUGUUUUGAACAUUUCAGAUAACUCAAGAACAGAAGACUCCUGGAGCCUCCAUUGAUUACUUUAUUUUUUUUCUAAGUAACUCUGUUAGAUAAAAAAAGAUGGUAGUUAAUAAUAUCAUGAUGGAUGGAUGGAUGGAUGGAUGGAUGGAUGGAUGGAUGAACGAUGAAUGGAGUAUUCCUAUGAAUUUCAUGUAUCUUGUCCAAGAUCCCUCUUUCAUUAUUGUGCUUCCCUUUUUCUUUAUAAUGUACUGUGCUUUUCACCCAGUCAUCCCAUUAAAAAAAAAAAAAAAAAAACACGUUGUUUAUGUAGGCUAUGGACAAGCUUCACAGGAUAAACAUCUGACUUGCCUAACUGAAUGCACAAAAAGAUCCCUGUCACCAAUGUACAGCUGGGUAAUAGGACUUUUUAUUUUUCUGUACAUAAUAAAUAUAGCAAGUAGCCUACCUGCCGUGUUUCAAGAUGGUGCUUACGAUUUUUCAAGGAGUUAUCUAAUAUUAUCUUGAGUUGAUACUUUAAAUAACUAAUUAAAAGACUGAUUUUAAAAGCUGUAUUCUUGGCUCAAACUUUAUUUUGUUUAUGUCUCAUGAAUCUCCGUUUCACUUCUUGUGUUUUGUCUUUGUUAACACACCACUGAUGUGUUCCCUGAGAAUGCCUUUAAUGCUUCGUUCAAGUUAGAGUAGUGACACUAAGAACAAAUGCUGUCUUCCCUGGCAGAAAAGAACAACAACAUCUGGACUGUUUACUGGCUUUUCUGUGUCAUCCAGAAUAAAAUAUCUUGUGUCACAUGAGGUUGCAUGUAAUGUUUGCUCGGAUGACCUAAAGUUUUAGGAUUCCCUUUAUAUUAUUCAGUGAUUUAUGAAUAUCCAAGUGAACAGAGAUUGGAUUUUUCUUAACAGAACGGUGUCUCCUUUUGACAAACAUUUUAACACAAAUAAAAUAUUUGGGCUUGUUUAUAUUUACUUGCAACACUGCCGCAUUUUUCUAGUUCAGAUGUUAUGAAAUCAUCGCCCCCUGUCACUAAAUCAGCAAUCGGUCACAGCUUGUAUUCCUUGUACUUGUUUUUGUUACCUCGACUGUGAGAAAUCCUUUAAAUACAUGUGAAUGUGUUGAAACCAUAGAAGUGUUACAGAUCACAGAUUACACACCAGCAAGAUCACAUUUGUUUCUUUUA